UUUAGUAUUAAGUUGCUGCAUUUCCCUCCCACUCCGAACGACGAUAAAUCGACGGCCGGAUCAUCUUGCUUUCCUCCCGACAUAAAAUCUCCCAACGCUUUGCUUGCCCUGCACUCCUCUCUGAGCUGAGCUUUUGUUCUGAACACCUCUACUCUCACCUUUCUUCUCUAUCAACAAUGGCCGUCCAUUCACUGAUCCCCUUUCUUCUAUCACUCUCCUCGCUUCUCCCAACCAUUUCCUCCUCCUCAUCUACUGCCUCGCCGGUGAUCGGCAUCAACUACGGCCAAGUAGCAAACAACCUCCCAUCUCCCGCUGAAGUACUCCCGCUCGUCCGCUCUGUUGGCGCCGGCCGUCUGAAGCUCUACGACACUGACCCCACCGUCCUCCGCGCCUUCGCCGGCACAAACAUCGAGUUCGUGGUCGGCCUCCCAGACCAACUCGUCCCCAAAAUCCGGGACCCUGCCGCCGCCCUCUCCUGGGUCAAAACCAACCUCCAACCCCACAUUCCCCGCACCAAGAUCACCGCCGUCACCAUCGGCAACGAAAUCCUCUCCGGUAACAACACACUUCUCAUCCAAAGCCUGAUUCCCGCGAUCCAGUCCGUCCAUUCAGCCCUCGUGUCCCUCAAUCUCGAUCGCCAGGUCGCCGUCACCACCGCACACUCCCUCACUAUCCUCUCCACCUCCUACCCCCCUUCCGCGGGCGCAUUCCGGAGGGACCUCCUUCCUUAUAUCUCCCCCCUCAUCAAUUUCCUGAACAAAACCAGAUCCCCUUUUCUGAUCAACGCCUACCCUUUCUUCGCGUACAAAGCUGAUCCCAAACGGGUUUCGCUUGACUACGUCCUGUUCGAGCCAAGCGCCGGCGUGGUGGAUUCGGGGACGGGCUUAAGGUACAGGAACAUGCUGCACGCGCAGGUAGAUGCUGUCGUGACGGCGAUUGCAGCUGCCGGAGGGGGGAAGACAGUGGAGGUUAGGGUUUCAGAGACGGGGUGGCCGUCGGUGGGCGAUGAGGACGAGAUUGGGGCGACGAUGGAGAAUGCUCGGAGAUAUAAUGGGAAUUUGAUGAAAAUGGUGGCGGAGGGAAAGGGGACACCGAUGCAGCCCAGAUCGCCACUUCAGGUGUACGUGUUUGCUCUGUUUAAUGAGAAUAUGAAGCCCGGGCCGGCGUCCGAGCGUCACUACGGUCUCUUUAAGCCCGACGGCACUCUUGCUUAUGACAUUGGGGUUUCAGCGCCCACCGUUAAUUCAACGACGAGCGGCGGUGAUGAUGGCAUUGGCAGAGGAGAUGAGAACUCGCCGUUGUUCGGCUUUACUUCCCCUGGCAGUUACUACACAGUGUACUCUGCAGUGG